CGGUGCGAAGAGUACACAUCGAUCUUCGAGAACGACACGAUUGAACUGCAAUACGCUUACUGUGAGAACAUUCACGACGGCCGGGGAUACACGUCCGGAAGGGCCGGAUUCUGUACGGGAACGGGAGAUGCGGUGGUUGUGGUCAGGAAAUACACGGCCAAAAAGCCGAGCAAUCCGUUGGCCAAGUUUUUGCCCGAGUUGGAGAAGUUGGCUAAGUCUGGCAGCGGAGACACCAGUAAAUUAGGCGGUUAUGUGAACGCAUGGAAAGAGGCGGCGAAGGACUCGGAGUUCAGAAAAGUUCAGGACGAGGUCGCCGACGAGAUGUACUACAAGCCAGCCAUGGCUCACGCGAGUACAUACAAAGUGAAGACAGCGUUGGCUGAAUGCGCUCUCUAUGACUGCAUUAUACAACACGGAGACGGAGACGACGGCGACUCAAUCGGCGCUAUCCUUAAGAAGACGGGACACGUGUCGGGCGAUGAGAAG